CUUGGCUACCUUCCUUGGUCGCCCUCCAAGUAGAUAAGUAGCUCAGAAAUGCUACUGGUGCGCCCCCGGGAUAUGUUCCUACCAAGCCUGCUGAUAAUUCUUCUAAACACAAUCAGUUGAGCCCAGAACAGUUCACCACAGUCUUCAACAUGGCUUCCGCCCAAUUCUUCAAUUAUCCAGGCACCGAGUCUAAUGCGGAGCAAUAUCACUACUCCCAAGCCGUAAAGAUCGGGAAUAUCGUUCGCACAUCCGGUCAGGGCGGCUGGGACGAGAAUGGCAACAUCACAACCGACUUCGAAAAGCAGAUCACCAUUGCGUUUGAGAAUGCGCUUAAAGCUCUCCAAGCUGUCCAUCCCCGUCUCGGCUUCAAAGACAUUUACGCGAUUCGCUCCUAUCAUCUUGACAUGGACUCGAGUUUCGACGUCAUGACGGCGACUUUCAAGAAAUUGUUCCCGAAUCAUCGACCUAUCUGGACAUGUACGCAGAUUGGCAAGCUUGGACUAGAAGGAAUGCAUGUUGAGAUUGAGGUCGAGGCGUUGAUUCCUGUCUAAGGAAAUCGGAUACGGGAUGCCUAGGAAACUUUCACAAUCUUGUUGCCUAGGCACGAUCCAUACUGGAGCGAUUUUGUCUUUUUUUCUUUGAGUACUUCGAUGUUGUGAAUUUCAGUAUUUGCAUCAUCACCAAUCACCGAGAGCAGCAUUAUAUAAGUAGCCUUCAACGGCCUCUGA